AUGAAAAUCCACACGUGUUGUGGGGAGCUGCAGAAAUGGUGGAGGUGGUCUUCACAUUACCCACUGCAAUCCCUUCUGAGUGGUUAUCAGUGCAGCUGUAAUGAUGAACACACAUCUUACGGAGAAACGGGAGUUCCUGUUCCUCCUUUCGGAUGCACCUUCUGUACUGCUCCUGGCAUGGAGCACAUAUUAGCAGUUGCUAAUGAAGAAGGCUUUGUCAGGCUAUAUAAUACAGAGUCACAAACCAGCAAAAAGACAUGUUUCAAGGAGUGGAUGGCACAUUGGAAUGCUGUCUUUGACCUGGCCUGGGUCCCUGGUGAACUUAAACUCGUUACAGCAGCAGGUGAUCAAACAGCCAGAUUUUGGGAUGUAAAAGCUGGUGAGCUGAUGGGAACGUGCAAAGGCCACCAGUGCAGCCUCAAGUCCGUAGCUUUUUCCAAGUUCCAAAAAGCUGUAUUUUGUACAGGUGGGCGAGAUGGCAACAUCAUGAUCUGGGACACCAGGUGUAACAAAAAAGAUGGAUUUUACAGACAGGUGAAUCAAAUCAGUGGAGCUCACAAUACUGCAGACAAGCAAACACCUUCAAAACCUAAGAAGAAACAAAAUUCAAGAGGACUCGCUCCUUCUGUGGAUUCCCAGCAGAGUGUUACUGUGGUCCUCUUUCAGGAUGAGAAUACAUUAGUCUCAGCAGGAGCCGUGGAUGGGAUAAUCAAGGUAUGGGAUUUACGAAAGAAUUAUACUGCCUAUCGACAAGAACCCAUAGCAUCCAAGUCCUUCCUGUACCCAGGUACCAGCACUCGAAAACUAGGGUACUCAAGUUUGGUCUUGGACUCCACUGGCUCUGCUUUGUUUGCUAACUGCACAGAUGACAACAUCUAUAUGUUCAACAUGACUGGCUUGAAGGCUUCUCCGGUGGCUAUCUUCAAUGGACACCAGAACUCUACCUUUUACGUAAAGUCAAGUCUUAGUCCAGAUGACCAGUUUCUAAUGAGUGGCUCAAGUGAUGAGGCUGCCUACAUUUGGAAGGUUUCCAUGCCCUGGCAUCCUCCUACUGUGCUCCUGGGUCAUUCUCAAGAGGUUACAUCCGUGUGCUGGUGUCCAUCGGACUUCACCAAGAUUGCUACCUGCUCUGAUGACAACACACUGAGAAUCUGGCGCUUGAAUAGAGGCCUAGAGGACAGACCAGGGGUUGACAAACAUUCCAUAGUGGGCUGGACCUCUCAGAGGAAAAAAGAGGCAAAGGCUGGCCCAGGAACGGCACCAAGUAGCCAGAGCACUCCUGCCAAAGCUCCCAGAGCCAAGAGCAGCCCGUCUACUUCCUCUCCGUCAGCCGCAGCUUGUACGCCAGGCUGCGCUGCAGACCUCCCUCUUCCUUCAAAUACCCCCACGUUCUCACUCAGAACCACUCCUGCCAAGACCCGCUCUCCAGUUGGCAGAAGAGGCUCCAUCUCUGUGUCUCCCAAGCCACUCUCAUCUUUCAAGAUGUCGCUCAGAAACUGGGUGACCCGAACACCUUCCUCAUCACCACCCAUCACUCCACCUGCUUCUGAGACAAAGAUCCCAUCUCCCAGAAAAGCCCUCAUCCCUGUGAGCCUGAAGUCAUCGCAAGCAGAUGCUUGCUCUGAAUCUAGAAAUAGGGUGAAGCGGCGUCUAGACUCAAGCUGUCUGGAGAGUGGGAAACAAAAGUGUGUGAAGAGUUGCAGCUGUGUCACUGAGCUUGACAGCCAAGUGGAGAGUAUUCAUGUGGAUCUGUGCUGCCUUUCUGGCAACCAGGAAGCCCUUAGCAAGGAGUCUGCGGAUCCCACCAAAUUGAGCAAGAGUGAAGGCAUUGGCACAAGCAUCUCAGAGCCUCCUUCUCCUGUCAGUCCUUACAUCCCUGAAGGCUGUGGACCACUGCCUCUUCCUCUGAGACCUUGUGGAGAAGGGUCUGAGAUGGCAGGCAAAGAGAAUAGCUCCCCAGAGAAUAAGAACUGGUUGUUGGCCAUGGCAGCCAAACGGAAGGCUGAGAAUUCAUCUCCACGAACUCCAUCGUCUCAGACACCCAGCUCCAAGAGACAGAGUGGAAAGACGUCACCAGCUCCGGUCACCAUCACUCCCAACUCCAUGAGGAAGAUUUGUACAUACUUUCGUAGAAAGUCUCAAGAUGAUUUCUGUAGUCCUGAACACUCGACUGAAUUAUAGAUUCUAAUCUGAAAAUUCACUGAACUUGGGUCUACAAAGAAGAAAAAAGACUUUAUAAUUCUGGUCUUGUAAGAAAAUGGUCAUGUUUUCAUUCUGGAAAAAGUCUUUCUACUCCUUAGCAGACCUAGUCAGGUCUUACUGUCUAGUGUAGACACAGCUGCCUGGUGAGUGCUGUUUUCAUUUCCUGUGGUGAUUUGUCAUCUGUAGCCUUUCCUAGCAGUCUGUGGUAGUGACAUCUGGUUCAUGGAGGCAGAAAGGAAAGCGUGCCCCUUGUUACCCUGGCUGUGUGUAUAGUGGAGUGCCCAAAGUCCAACACAUGGCGUCUGUGGAAGCCAAUCUGAAGACAGCCUCUGCAGAAGGUACCUUCUGCAAGCACGGCCUUACCUGAAUAUGUAUCUGCUCACUAUACUUGUGUGUGUUUUCCAAACUGUAAAAAAAAAUGUGAUAUUCUUGUGUACAUUCAUGGUGGUUUCCAUGUUAAAAUACAGUAUCUUGAGUUGA